ACUCUCGGCAGUCGAUAUAUCUGCGAUACUCAACAACACAAUACACGUGAGUUUCAUGUCGUAAUUGCAUGAAAAAAAAUUUUCUACAAAAUUAAUAUCAUUACAUAGAGUAAUAUUAAGUACAACAAAGACUGACUUACUAUGCAAACAUUCACGAAAAUUGCAAUUGGAUGGUAGGGCAUUUGCGGUAACCAUUGGGUUAUACUCUUUUUAUCUAUCAAAACAAUACGUAGACUCUCACAGAUAUGAGGCAAUGAAAGCCAGACAACGUAUUGCCACCGCAGCUGAUGAUCCUAGUAAAACAGUCAGACCAGUGCCAGAGCAAUUCCGACAUUAAAUUAAGUAAAUUGAUUUCGAGAGCUGAAUGCAACUUUUUUGAAAUUUGAAAAAAAGAAGGUAGCGAUAAACAAAAUGGCCCAACUACCACCGUUAGACGAAGAAAAGUUGAAGAUGGUUCAAAAUUUGGAGAUUGAAAUGAUGUCAGAUAUGUACAAUCGGAUGACAUCAGCUUGUCACAGAAAGUGCAUUGCUCCCAGCUAUUCAGAACCAGAAUUGGGUAAAGGUGAAGCAGUUUGUAUUGACAGGUGCGUUGCAAAGUAUCUCGAUGUUCAUGAAAGAAUUGGCAAAAAGUUAACUCAGAUAUCAAUGCAAGAUCAAAAUCUUGCUGGUGGUGUGCAACCUGGUGUCAAGCCAGGAUAAAUGUAUAAAACACCUGGUGGUUAAGACAAGUGUUUUAGUGGCGACAUGUGUUUCAAUUUUUUUAACUUGUGGAACUACAUUUCAUGUGCAUUUAACUUUCUCUUUUCAUUCUUCUAAUGUAAAAAUCUCAUGUUAGAAUAAUUGAAACACAUGAAUAAUUGAUGUAUGAACAUUAUCACACAGUUGAGAACAGAGUUUUGUUAGACCAAAUGUAAUCUUUUUACUUUACCAAAAUAUUGUUAAUUAAAAAGUACA